AUGUCUCAGCCUACAGGUGCUACUCCAGGUCAAAGCAAGCCGUUUCUUCCGCCAGAACUCAGCCUUCGAAUCAUCGAAGAGUCGGAAGAAGAUUGCAUCUGUCUGGUGAACCAUCUUUCUAGGGGCCAACUGCGAUGUGACGGCGGUUUUCAGAACCAUACCGCGGUCAUCUAUACCCGUGGCGAGAAACAGAGAGACGGGUCAUUGUCUCGUGGAAGACUGGAGGCUCUCCCGAUGCAACAUCGUUGCGUCACGGGAGUCAUCCGGGCUUCAGAUACACCCGCCCUCCCGUUUGAUCCUUCGGACGACUAUUCACAUGAGCUCGAGAUCAGCCAUCUUACCAAGCGUACGAUAGUAGCUGAGCUCGGUCUGGACGAAGACAUAGCCAAUCCAGUUCUGAAUCUGGAUAAACACGCAUUCCCACCCAACUAUGAUCCCGCCAUUUUUAUCAACGUUCGCUAUAUCGGAUAUGCCUUACUCGACAGAAAUUUUAUCGCGACAGUCCCAGUUGAGAUUGGUGGCGAAGAAGAUAUUCGACAUCUCGCCGGUAUCACUAGAGAACAAACCGCAUUGACUCGUCGUCUACACCCAGACGAUGAAAAGCUGGCGUGCCAAAAGAUAAAGCAUCUCAUGAUCAGAGAGAACAACGUCUCUGCAGGCGAUAUAAGGUAUGCUCUUAAUCUGCUCCAUGGUGAUCUAGCCACUGUGCGUGAAAUCAAUAGAUGGAGCUACUAUCUGAACGGAUAUCGAGAGGAGCUUCGGACGUCUCCGUUGAUUCCCAAGUGGGAACUGCUGCAAAGUCUCGAAACGCUCUGCAUUGAUAUGACUCAACAGAUGACGCACCAAAGGGCACCCCUGCUCGGUUUACAAAUCAACAAGAUGGCGCGCUAUCUAAACCUAAAGACACUGAUACUCCUAGGUGUCCCAUGUCUGUUCAGAUAUGAUAUACAGACUCCAGAUAGCAAGGGAGGGAGAGAGGAAGCAUGGGUUGCCUAUCUUGAGGACAACCAUGAGUUCAAAUGGGAGGCCGCGCAAAUUAAACCGAUUAACUGGCUAUACCUCUUCAAGGACCUCGUGCGACCUGGUGGUCAAAUCCAUUUCAUUGCAGAUCGAGCGCCAAACACUCCGUAUUGGCCCGGCCCACGACACAGGGUUGAGGUUUUCGAGGACGGCUUACAAUAA